AUGGGCAAGUGGGUUGUGCGAAUUGUGCGUGGGCGGGAUGGACAAACGAAGAAACGAGUUGAAGAACAGGAAGAAAGAAAGGAGAAACGGAUAAAAGAGGCCGGCGUCUCAAUUCCUGCGGCCUGCAGCGAAGCGCAGGUGUCAGGGGUGGAAUGGAAGAAAAGAGGAGAAGAAGAGAGGGUUCGUGAAGAAGGCCGUUUGUUGUUGUCUGCAAAAGAGAGGAGGGACGUGACGCUAGUCCUGUUUUGGUUGCUGAUUGGCCAGCGCCUGGUCCCUGAGAAGAAGGAAGGAGGGACCGGGGAGUGGGCCCUGGCGGGAGAUUUGGCAGCCGCUCUAUUUAUUGGAGUGAGAGGAAAAGGGGGGCCACACCGCGACCAGGGACGAAACAGUGUGGGUGAGCACUGGCAGGCCAGUCAGGGCCGGAGAACGGCAAAGAGCGACCUUCGGCAACGGGAGACUCGACUGAAGACCAUACGACACAAGCAAACCUGCAAAAUCUUGGAGAAGCCAGAGCAAGGCCCGGCGUCGCGCCUGCCGUCUUGA